GUAAAGAUAAGUGGUCUCUGGUUAAUUCUUAAGUAUUCUUCAUUUAAUCAUUAAGACUACAACAUGGCAGUUUAUAGGAGCUUGAUAUUGCUUGCAUUUGCGAGUUGUGUACUUUCGGAAGGAGGAACACUUUUCAAUCCAUGCAGUAAAAAUGACAUAAAAUGCUUGAGUGGAGCAACCGAAUCUUUUUUGGAAAAAACAAGCAAUGGUUUUCCGGAUUACAAAAUCAAGGCAAUUGACCCUUUGAUCAUUCCUGAGUUAAAAGUCGUGGUCGACGAAGGCUUGGGACUGGUCUUUGAUUUCAAAAACAUAAAUAUAACUGGAUUGAAGAGGCAGCAGAUAUCAGACUUCAAAAUGGAUACAGACAAGAAAUCUGUGGUUUUAAAAACAAAAGCUGUUUUGAAUAUCGUGGGUGAUGUCAAAAUCGAAUUCGCCAAGCAAAAUAAAGUUUUUAAUGGAGCUUAUACAGCUUCAACAACUGCAAUAGGAAGCUCACAAUAUGGCUACAGUUUUAAGAAAAAAGAUGAUAAAGAUUACUUCGUAGUCGGCCCAGAGGUGAAUACAUGUGAAAUCAUUGGAGAACCGAACGUGGAUAUUGGAGAUGAUUUACAAAAGGCCUUGAACAGUGACUCCGAUGCACAGGCUCUGAAACCUGGUUACGAGACUAACAAGGUGGCUUUACGGAAGAAGACGCUAUGCCAUAUUGUAGAAGCCGCCUACGUCACCGUCAUACACAACAUCAGGGCAAUCGCAGAUAUCUUCCCUAAAGAAGCCUUUUUUACUGACAUCUAUUAAACCAAUUAAAUUCUAA